AUGAGAUCAAGAGUUUGGUCAGAGGCUCGUGUUUAUACCAAUAUAAACAAGCAAAGAGAUAAAGAUUAUUGGGAUUAUGAAAAUACUACUAUUGAAUGGUCAAAUGACCAUGGGAACUAUGAAAUAGAAGCAAAUGUGGGUCGUGGUAAAUAUUCUGAGGUAUUCAAAGGCAUUGAGUUGAAAAAUAGAAGAUCGAAUGUAAUCAAAAUGUUAAAGCCAGUCAAGAAGAAGAAGAUUAAAAGAGAGAUUAAAAUCUUAACAAACUUAUCAAAUGAGCAACAUCCAACAACUGCUAAACCAUAUAAUGAAGAAGAAUAUUAUGUUAGUAAAAAACAAGAAGUAUUGAAGUUUAAAAGAGAGUAUUUAUAUGAUAAACCGCAUAAAGGCCAUGAAAAUAUUAUUCAACUUCUUAAUGUGAUUAAGGAUCCCAUCUCAAAAACGCCUGCAUUAGUCUUUGAAUACGUUAAAAAUGUCGAUUUUAGAAUAUUGUACCCAAAAUUAACCGCCAUGGAUAUAAAAUACUACAUGUUUGAAUUAUUAAAAGCAUUGGAUUAUUGUCAUUCGAUGGGUAUUAUGCAUAGAGAUGUUAAGCCACACAAUGUCAUGAUUGACCACACAGCAAGAAAAUUAAGAUUAAUUGACUGGGGUUUGGCAGAAUUGUAUCACCCAAACACAGAAUAUAAUGUACGUGUAGCUUCUCGAUUUUUUAAAGGUCCAGAAUUAUUAGUUGACUAUAGAAUGUAUGAUUAUUCAUUGGAUCUUUGGUCUUUUGGAACAAUGUUAGCAUCUAUGGUUUUCCAAAAAGAACCAUUUUUCCAUGGUACAAGCAAUACAGAUCAAUUAGUUAAAAUUGUAAGAGUUCUAGGCAGUGACGAUUUUGAACAGUACCUCAUGAAGUAUGAAAUUACUUUACCUAAUGAAUUCCAUAAUAUGGAUCAAUUUAUUAGAAGACCAUGGCAUAGAUUCGUUAAUGAUUCUAACAGGCUUUUAUGUGGAGAUGAAGAAAUCAUAGAUUUGAUUGAUAACUUAUUAAGAUAUGACCACCAAGAAAGACUUACCGCUAAAGAAGCAAUGGGGCAUCCAUGGUUUGCUCCAAUAAGGAAUAAUGAAUAUACUAUUGAUGAUGAUAUCCUCAUAGAUUAG